AUGAGCGAUCUAAAACCCUACUUAUUGAAUCAAAACAAAAGCGUCCAUCACUUCUAACACAACUUCUUCAAACAAGAACCUUCUCCUGUAAAGUCCCAUCGCAAAUAACUAGAACAACAUGGAUCUCCCAACCAUCUAUCAACUUCUCUCUCCUUUUCCAAGCCAUUAACAAAUAAACCACAACAAGCCUAAUCUGACACAUCCUAUGUCUACUACCUUAUUCAAUAGAUCAAAUAGAUGGAGUAGACCAUACAAGAAUUAAAACAGGAAAAUCAGUUAUUGAGAUCUCAAUAGAAGAUUGGAUUUCUGGAUUUACAAUUUCAGUAGAAAUAAAUGAUUAAAUAUCAUAAUUUAUUAAAGUCUGUGCAAGAGGUUAAAUUGGAUAAUAUAACACUAAGAAAAAACAUAGAAUAAAUGAAUCUGAUGAUGAAAAUCCAUUUAGCACCUGUGAAUGAAACAUUAUAAUUGCUGAACCAUCCAGAGAAUACUGUUAUUGUUCAUAAAGAAUCAAUAAAUUCAAUGUAAAAGGAUUCAAUCAAUGAAUCAACUCCCAAUGUUAAAAUACAUGCGAAUAUUAGCAAAUAUUAAAAAUGCAAAACUGAAACGUAAUUCAAGGAUCAAAAAUGA